ACGGACUUUUCGGAAACUUUCUUGAUUGUAAGGAAAAUGAAAGUAAACAAAAUAUGAUUCGAAGAGGCUGUUCGUUUUCAUUUAAAAUUUGUAAAAGGCGUAUAUCAUCAAAGGUGCCAGAAAAAGCAACAUGGAUUUCUAUUGACAAAUCAAGGUUACCAAAUGAACCAAGGAUAGACAAAGAGGUGAACUUGCUGGAACGCUUGUCUUUAGUUGAGUUUGAUAAUCAAGAGGGAGUGGAUCGCUUGACCAAAGCUGCGAAAUCUGCCAAUCAGCUCCAUGCAGUUAACACUAACAAUAUAGAACCAAUGGAUUCGGUUUUAGAAGAUAAAACAUUGUAUUUGAGAGAUGACAGUGUAACAGAUGGGUUUUGUCGAGAUGAUAUACUAAAGAAUGCAUCCGUGAUACUCGAGGACUACUAUGUUGCUCCACCAGGAAAUAUUCCGCUGAAGCAGAAGGAAAGUGACAAUGAAAGUGAAACUUAAUGCAUGUAAAUUUCGGUAUAUGAUUAAAGUUCAAUUAAAACUUUCAGGACCGAAUAUACUUAAUAUCAUUCUUAUCAUUUUGCUUUGGGUUGUCCAGUUUAUGUACAUGUAUAAUGUUAUAUUUUGCCAUACGAACACAUUAGAAAACUGACAAAAGCUGGGCCUUAGGCAACACAGCUCACCUGAGUAACCUUGGACUUUCUAUUUUGAUUUUUAUAAGAUUUUUAUGCCCCACCAUGAAUAUGGUGAGUGUCAUUUCAGUCCUUCUGUCCUUCCAUCACACUUUGCGUUUAGCUCAGUUUUAAAGAAAUUAUUCGAGAUAUUUUUAUCAAACCUUAUAUGCUGAUACAUAUUGGUGACAUCUAUUCAACUGCAUCAAUAUUUUUUUUUUACAUUUCCUUUGACCUUGACAUCACUUUUCCCUCAUUGGUGUUUCGCUCAGUUUCAAGACAACUAUUGACAAUAUUUUUAUGAAAACUCUUACACUGAUACAUAUUAGUUGGUAGCUAUUCAACUGUGGCAUUAUUUUUUUUACCUUGACCUUCCCUGUGAUCUUGACCUAACAUUCCCUAUUUGGUGGUUAACUCAGUUUCAAAGCAAUUAAUGAGGAAUAUCUUUGCCCCUUUCUGAAUAUGUCCGUUUAUGAUAUUUAUGUACUAUAUAAAUUUAAAAUUCCUACUUACAGUGUAUAAAACAUAAGUCCUAUGAAAAAUAAAAAAUCUAAUUUAACAAUAUGAAUUAAGUUUGUUUAGGUAAGAGAUCUAAUUCACCUUGAGCCAGACUUUAAGGUUGGGUUUUUACAAUAGAAAUAAUUUAAUUCAUUGCCAAAACGGGACAGUAAGAGAAAACCGUGCAGCAAAAGCUCGCACAAUACCUAGCUGAAUUAGUAGGGAAAAGAAAAGUGAUCAAACCUUGAGGUCCUUUACCACAACCCAAAAUAACUUGAACGAGCCGCGUUCACGUUUUUAUAUCCCUUGUAAGCAAUCAAACUCGAAUUUACAAUCCAUCACACAACAAGUGAAACGUGAAAUCUGAAACGUUUAAAGUUAAGACUUUUAACGAAUCAGAAACAUUGUUUAAAAAUAACUUUGAGAGAAAUAUCAGAAUGGAGGACCACUUCUUAUCAAAAUACAUAUGCUUUCUCAAAACAAAAUAGAUGUGGAAAUAGUCAAAAACGCAAAAGAAAUAAAAGGGUUAAGGACAGGAAAAGUAAUUGAAUAGUAAAGGUAACAUGAUUUACAUCAAAUAAGGAAAUUUAGAAUUAUAGAAAAUCAAAACUAUUUCAGUGGUAUGACUUGAACACAACUCAGACUUACAGUCCCUGAAACGUUCUACUUUACCAUUUUUCCGUUUGCUCACCGUGCGUUCACCGUGCGCUCUCCAUUCACGCUUUUGUGAUCCUCGUGCGUUCACCGUUCACAAAGCGUUCAACGUGCGUUCACCGUUCACUGUCAUUCGGAACACCAAAGUCAAAGGAUCGAUUUUCAUAGCGAGGCAAAAAUGAAAAAGGAACGGGUGCAUAAGAGUGAAAGUAAACUUUCUUAUUAUAUCAUAAAUUUAAUUUAUAAAGUACAAAUAUCAGGACUAUCAACUGCGAAAAUUCAAGGAAAACUGCAGAUCACUCAUCAAUAUCAAAGAAUAGAAUAAAUCAUUGUUAUUAUCAUUACAAAACAAAUAUUGUUCGGUUAAAAAGUGGGAGAAGUUCUGAAUGAGAGAAAAGAGUAAGAGCCUGCAGUUAUGAAUUUAACUCCUAUACAUGUACAUGUAGCGAAAAACGAGCAACGAGCGCUGGUACGUGUACGAAAAUGUGGCAGUUUCAGUUAAGAAAUUCCUCGCCUCCACCUGAAUUAUCAUUUAAUAUUUUCAAGUUUGGGCAAAUGCACAAUUCAUUAUAUUUUAUUUUGUCUCACUUGAAAAGAAUUCUAUAUAAGUUUAUUAUUUUUCUUAAGCACCCCCCCCCCCCUCUCUCUCUCUCUCUCUUACUUAAAAAACGAUGCUACAAUGUACAUUUCAAUGCACAUUCGUGCCCAAAUGUCAAAUUGAUUUGACAAGUAUUUCUGAUUAUUUUACGCCUAUAUUUAUGAGAGACAUUCUCAAUAAAUGUAUUUACUCCUUUCCCCAAAUUUGAAAUUUUUGAAUCGUUUGUCUCUGAUUAUAAAGAUGAAAUAUUUCUCGUACAUUUCUGCCCCAUAUAUGAUAUACGUAUAGUUCAGUACAAUAAACAGUUUUUUUCGCAUCAACAUUUUAUAAAUAUUGCACAAUCUAAAUAUAAAUUCAUGGUCACACUAUUUAUUUUGUACGUAUGUACAUUAAUUCUGGGAUUAUUUCCUCAGGUAUACUAUACAUGUAUUUGCAGUAAAGUGAAUUACGCAAAAUCUACGUGGGAAUAAACCUUUCAUACUAUUUAGAAGCGUUCAGGUGUCAACACGAGGUACCUGUUCUACUCCUGUUGGUUGUUUAAUGCAUUUAUCUUGACUCCUUUCGGGAAUGUUUUUUAAUUGUGUGUAAUCCAAACGACGCGCUCGUAAAUUUUGAAGUAAUGCAUGUACAUCUGUAAAUUCUUGGCACUAAUUAGUAGACUAUCUUUAUUUCCCCCCACCGCAACGCGGAAGGGGACACAGAAAUACCGGCGUCCGUCCGUCGGUCCGUCCCACUUCACUUUGUGGACGCAACUCCUCAGAAACCGCUCGAUGGAUUUUGUUCAUAUUUUGUAGGAUUGUUAGUCAUCAUGUGUAGUUGAUCAUAUUUUGCCACCAUUUUGAUUCGACAAAUUUUACAGGAGUUACGGGACUUUGUUGAAUUUGUGCAUGCUGCACUAUAGGAACACAUUGUGGACGCAACUCCUCCGAAACAGCUCAACGGAUUUUGUUAAAAUUUUGUAGGAUUGUUAGUCACCAUAUGUAGUUGAUCAUAUUGCGCCGUCAUUUUGAUUCGACAAAUUUUACAGGAGUUAAGGGACUUUUGUGCUUCAACUUUUUUUGCGGCAGUAUGUGACAUGGCUACGUGUAGCAGUCUUGUUUCACAUGAAUCGUUUAUACUCUUGUAUUAAGAAAUUAAAUACUAUGCAUAUUAAGUCAAAAUAUAGAAUUACAUAUAGUAUACCGAGAUGACGCACCAAUAUUUAUGAUUUAUGAAAACGUCAAGAAUUCUAAAUAUUAUAAAAUAUGUUUCUAUUUUUCAUGUAUAUAAGUAUCUGUAUGUGUAAUACUGUAAACAAUGUACAAAUGAAAUUUUCUUUUGUUUGUGCAUAAUUGUAGCAAUUGAUGUAAAAAUUUACGAUCAUUUUCAUAAGAAAUAUACAUCCAGUACUUGCACAAAAAUGAGCAAACAGAUGUAUUCAUAUAUAUAUUCUCUACCUGAUUAUAAAGUACAAUCCAAGGGGGAAAUCCGAAAUAUACCGAACGAAUAGACCAUUUUGCGUUCACCGUGCGCUCACCGUUCACUUUGCGCUCACCGUUCACCAAAUUGCGCUCACCGUUCGCUCUGCGUGCGUUCACCCUACGCUCACCGUGCGUUCACCGUUUGCUCACCGUGCGUUUACCGUUCAAGUGGGAAAGUAGAACGUUUCAGGGACUGUACCUGUAUAAAAAGUUAGCACACCAGACUACCCAUACCGAAAAAAACUUAUCAAAAAGUUAUAACUUUUUUAACUAAAAAAAGUUGUAACUAAGUUAUCGGAGUUUGGAACCACUUUUUUCAAAUUAAGUUAUACUUUACUUACAACUAAGGUACAAAAAAGUUAUAACUCAUGUAUAAGUUAUCAACUUUUAUUUCAACAUAAUAAAAUUCAUAUAACCUUUUUUAUAACUUUAUGCACUUGGAUGCAUAAAGUUAUAUAAAGGUUAUACUUCAAAAAAGUUAUACUUCAUGAUAAUUACAAAAAAGUUAUCAAAAAGUUACAAAGUUAUACUUAAGUUAUACUCAUAUAAACAGCUGGAAUGAAGUUACAAAAAAGUUAUGCCCAACAAAAGUUAUGGAAAAAGUUAUACCCGACAAAAAGUUAUGCCUUACAAAACUUAUGAAAAAGUUACACAAAAGUUAUACCUAGCAAAAAGUUAUACUUAACAAGAGUUAUGAAAUGUUACAGAAAAAAUACUUAAACAGUUAUAGAAAAGUUAUGUGAAAAAAUACAAAAAAAGUUAUACUUCUGAGUUAAAAAAAUAUUUUUAUAAAAAAUAAUACUAUAAACGUGAAAAUAUUGACGACGUUUGUAAUUUUGACUAUAUUGACGAUUUCUCUAUUUUUCAUAAGAAAUUCCACUCGUCAAACUUCAUAAUACAUAGCGAAUGCAAAUGACACACCGAUAUUUGAAAUAUUUCUAACUGGCAUUGAUUCACAGUAUUACGAUUGUACAAUCUUGUUUGUCAUUACAUGUACAUGGAUUUUUAUUAUAAUCAAAUUCCAUCCAUUUCUAGUAAUCCAAAAAAGGAGAAAAAUAAACUAACAAUGCACUUCCGAGUUUGGCUUAGUACACUUCUUGUCAGCUUUGCCCAUUGUAAUAAUCAUGUGACCUAUUUCGUCACCUCAAGUGUUCGAUCAUGCUCAAUAAAAUCGAAAAUAGAGCAAAUCAAUUAUUCAAUUAAAUUCAAUAAUCAUAAUUGCAUGUCCAAAGCAGCUAUAUGUAAACAUGCUGACACUGCACCAUCCCUAAACGAUCUUUUUUUUUCCGCCGCUUGCAACAUCUUAACAUUUGGAAUAUACUGGUUAAGGAAGUGUUAGCUUUCGUGUGCAGUAUAUUUAUAUAAAAAUUAAUACUAGUAAGGCAUUAUUAUUUUACAGAAGUACACAUUUCAACUGGACCUUAAAAAAGACCAAAAUUUUCAGUUAAAGGGAAAGGCAACCCAAAAGAUUUUUACAUGAUAAAUGAUAGGAUUAAUUAUAUGAUAAAGAUUUGUCAUACAAAUCUGUUGAUAUAUGGCGUAGAUAUGCUUCAGUACUAAUUUGAAAACGUCAAAAAUUGAAAUUCCCGCGAUCUAUAGAGGCUGCCAUGAUGUGUAACUCUUUUGUAUUCAAGACCACAAAAAUCAAUAAUUUUGACGUCACACCGUCUGUUCCGGUUUUGAUGAGAUUCUAAGAUCAUCCACAGGUCCUUGGGUUCAUCCCCCCCCCCCCCCUUCCGAAUAAGCUACAUGACUUGAUUUAAUUAUUUUUUCUUGAAAAUAUUUCUAAUGCAUGUCAACAACGUCUUGCAUACCCAUAAAGUCCAAAAUAACAAUCAAACGUAUUUUUCUUAAUUACGUAAAUACCCGAUUGCGGAUGUAAACGAAGAAGGCGCCGUUUUAAAAAGAAAGAAAAGUGAAACACUGUUCCGAAGCUAUGUACCCUCACAAACGUGGUCGCUACCAGGUUUUCCAUGCCGAUAAAUUUCAACAACCAAAGUAUCCCUUUGGCGAAUGCACAGGGGCUAAGCCCGUUUUGGACCCGAACUCUGUGAUACCAUAUAUAGGAUCCCCUGCGGUAUUCCAACCAAUUGAAGCCUUCGCCCUUAGUAGAGUAGAAAAAUGGAACUCAAAAUCUCUCCCAAACCCCAGGAGCCACCGGGUGGUACCAUUACAACUCCAAACUGAAAAUGGCGAAUGAUAGCUCUAGGAUUCUACUACUUUCCCUGUCUCACCUGAUAGAGAAGAAAUAGGGACUCUAAAUCUGUCCCGAGACCUGGAAGCCACCGGGUGGUACCAAUACAGCCCCAAACUGAAAGCGGUAAAUGAUAGUCCUAGGGGUCCUCUAUUUUGCCUUGAUGUUCCUUCCGCCUUGUCUUCAAAGAUAAAUGCUCUAAAAGCAGUCAUAAAACCCCAUUAUUCUGAACGAGUUACAAAAAUGUCAAAGUUCAGGUGAGCUAAACAAUACUUCCGGGUAUCACACAGGUUUUCUCUACAUGGCAUCGAGUACCCCGUAGUAUUCUCCACCUCAAUCAAUGGAUAUAUUGUCCCUGUCUUCUCUGAUAGAGUAGAAAUAGGGACUCAAAAUCUGUCCCGACACCCGGGACCCACCGGGUGGUACCACAACAGCCCCAAACUGAAAGCGGUAAAUGAUAGUCCUAGGAGUCCUCUACCUUGCCUUGAUGUUCCUUCGACCUUGUCUUCAAUGAUUAAUACUCUGAAAACAGUCAUAAAAUUCCGUUAUUAUCCAAGAGGUACGGAAAAUGUUAGAGUUCAAGUGAGCUAAACAAUACUUCUAGGUAUCACAGAGCUCUUCUUUCCAUGGUAUCGAGUACCCCUUAGCAUUCUCUACCUCAGUCAGUGGAUGUAGUGUCCCUGUCUCCCCUCACAGAGUAGAAAUACAGACUUAAAAUCUGUCCCGACCCCCGGUAGCCACCGAGUGGUACCACUACAGCCCCAAACUGAAAGUGGUGAAUGAUAGCUCUAGGGGUCCUUUAUUUUGCCUUGAUGUUCCUUCUGUCUUGUCUCCGAAGAUUACAGUUCUAAAAGCAGUCAUAAAACUCGUUUUAUACUUUUUUUAGUAGGUCAUACACAAUUUUUGAUAGCAGUCACCGGAUGGAGGUAUUAUUCACCAGAUAUUACAGUGUUUCAUUAUUUAAUCCUGUUUCCUUACACCACUUGUUCAAAAGAUUUCUUGUGUUCAUUUCUUUUAAUCCCGUGGGGAUCCGGGUUAGAAAAGGUCCUCAGUACCCCUUGCUUGUCGUAAGAGGCGACUAAAUGGGGCGAUCCUUCGGAUGAGACCGCAAAAACCGAGGUCCCGUGUCACAGCAGGUGUGGCAUGAUAAAGAUCCCUCUCUGCUCAAUGGCUACAAGCGCCGAGCAUAGGCCUAAAUUUUGCAGCCCUUCACCCGCAGUGGUGACGUCUUCAUAUGAGUGAAACAUUCUCGGAAGGGAUGUUAAACAAUAUUCAAUCAAUCAUUUCUUUUGUAACAAAGCAAUGAUUAUCACUCUUCAGGUAUCAAGCCCUAGAACUUCAUUCCAUGAGAUGGGUACACUUCGAAUGUGCGAAACUUGUGGUCAGGAAUUCAAGACCAAUUCUGAAUUGCGUUGGCAUGUAAAAAGGAAACAUCAACCAGAGAAAGUGUUAUUCAUUUGUGAUCAGUGCAACACACGCUUUUGCACAUUAUAAAAGAAACAUGAAGUAAAAAAAAUUACAUUGUUUUCUGAAUACAAGAGGUGCAUACAUAUACCAUGGCAGCCGUUUAAUAUAUCCGUUUAUGCACAUCAUGAAACGAUUAUUUUAACGUUAUCAGAGAUACUACUAAUCUUCUUCAAUGAUUAAUUACUUGUUAUUAAAUAUAUUUCAGUGUUA